AUUGUUUUCUGCAUCCUCGUAUUUAAAAACAAGUACAGAUAGGCAGCACAUGUUAGUAUGUAAUAUUUCAAUGUCUAACAACAAAGUUAUCAAUAACUAUUGUCAAUAAUUGUUAUCAAUAACUGUUAUCAAUAAUUAAUAAUGAAAUUAAUUGAUUUACACACAACAGUAAUCAAUGUUUCUCAACUUUUUCGUUAUAAAAAAAAUAAUGUAUACAUACUCUCCUCUCUGAAAGUAAAAGUUUAUUUAUCAGAAGUCAAAGUGUGUCAAGAGACACGAUAGUGUCUGAUGUAGAGUCAACGGUUAAAGUUAUUAUGUUCAGCGAGUUCCAUGGUUCCUUUCUUUCGGAGGAACUCUGCAUUCCAUAAAAAUAUCUUUUUACGAAUUGACUAAAAUUUCUUGACAGUCUCCUUUUUGUUUCUCUCAAGUUAAUGCCAGGAAAAGUGAUAUGGCAGCAGGGCAGAUCUUACGAAUAUUUAAAAAGGAAAAUAGAGUAACAGUAGGCCGAACCACAUUGAUAAUAAAUAAGUGUUGGAGCUAGAUAACGUUAAACAGACGGCGCAAGGAUAAGAUUUUACGAUCGACGACAUACACCAUGUAGAAAUAAAGAGUCGCGAAAUCUCAGUUCCGCACAAAUAUCCGAUUACGAGAAAUAAGCAGAAAGCAGAAGGGAAAGUGGUAGACAAAUCUAUUGCCCUUAAAAUUUAUGUCCUUCAGAACAACCGUCCUCAAUGAAUAGUUAUAACAAAGAGACCAUUAGAUAAGACUCGAUAUUCCCUCUUUCUUUCGAACUACAAAUUGUUGCUUAAAAACUCCCCUCCCGGUGUAACACCGAUUUCCCGAGUAUAAAAUGCGGCGCAUACCCCGAGCAUCGGAAUCUUACCAGUUCCUCAACCGUACAAGCUGCUCAACGUCCAACAUUUACAACUCGCGCACUCGAAAAGUAUCAAGCGCUCCCCGGUGAAUCCACUUUUACUUAAAAUUCGUGGUGUAUGCGCGGUGUAUAACAAGUGACAGACAUAUUCAGCCGCUAAUGCUCCAACAACGCUCCACCUACGAGAAGAAUCAAGCUCAGCGCGCAUAUUCAUAAAAGUGAGUCCCAAGCUUGCUCGCUUCUUUCCGACUCCCGCGUCUUGUCAAAAAGCCUCUUUUAGGGUUCUACAACCUUCCUUUUGUUUUGUCUUUUUUCCCCAUCAAACAUCCCCCACCUUCAAUAAUAAAUGAGGAAAUUUAAUUUAAAAAUAAAAGAAUUUUAAACAUUUUUCCGCUACAUUCCUUGUAACUUUUAAAUUGUAUCGAUAUCGUGUCGUAAAUCGAAUAAAGUACGUUAAUUUUUUAUUUUAUAACUCGUCUCUAAAUAUUUUUUGCUCCUCGUAUCCAACUCUUCUUCCCUCGCUAGACUGCACACGGUCCUAUUCCUGGUAAAAUAGGGAUUAAUAUCCUUUAUAAAAAGAAGAAAACCAACGAGCUGACCUGAUUCUAGAAUAAGAUCGAGCCUUCUGAUCGUUGACUAUUGCUGGUCUCCUCGACUCGCGGAUUUCGCAUACGAGCGAUAAUGUCGAGAGGAUCACUGUUACGCCCUUUCCUAAUUCUUAUUUAAUAGUUACAUUUUAAAGUGUAUAUAAAUAAGCAACAUUUUAUGAAUUGUUUUAUUACACACUUGAUUAUAUUAUAUUGAGUUGAUCAAAAGGUUCAGAAUUUUUAGCAAAAUUCAGACGCAAAACUAUAUUAAUUCUUCAUCCGAAAUUUCGUUUCCGAGUUUUGCUAAAAAAACUCGAUCCAAUAAGUAUAUAAGAGAUUAUUUAAAUCAGUAAUAAUAGAGUAAAAUUCCAAAAAAUAGUAAUAUGAUUCGAAAUUAUUAUACAUGUACUGAUCACGAAAGAAAUGUUAAAUACAAUGAGAUUUCUUACAUCAAGCGUAAAUAGCUACAAUACGCCACUGCAAAUAUCGCAUAUAUUGAUCUUGAUUUUUUGUUUUUAAAACCAAAGUAUUUCAAAUUUUAUUGGUUUCUCUUAUAUAUAGUCAUUUUAAUAAUCUAUCAUCAGCUGAAAUAUUUGAUUGUUAUUGUAUAGCUAUGUGUAGCUGCUGAUACGGAUUGUACUACACACUUUACCUUCUUCGUACCUUGAUUUGCCAAGAAAAAGCAACACAGAAAGAGUUAUUAAAUAAUUUCCUAUAUGUGUUACGCCCAGAGCUCCAAAAGUAGGGAAAAGCUCGAAGCAGGUUGAGCGCAACAAAAGCCCUGUUGUAGCACUAAGCGAAACACACGAGUCGAGCAACCUAGCAGAGUUCCAAUCGCAAAGUCAACGACCAGAAGAGUCGGCUUUACUCUUGAAAGUUCGCAUCUUUUAGGUAGGAUUCUCUUUUAGUUAAGGAAAAGCUCUAUUACCUUGUGGGACUCUGUAUGAUCUUAUGAAUGAAGAAAUGAAUACAGGAAAAAGAAGAAAGAGAAAUUAACUAACGCUUAACUAAAAAUUAACAUGGUUUAUUUUAAUUAACAAUUUUUUGGAUUUUAUUUGCUGAUGAACACAAACACAAAACAAGUUACAAUUUGAAAGUGGAUAUAAUUUGUACGCGACAAUAAUUUUUACAAAUUCCAAUUGUUUUAUGAACAGAGAUAGAGGGAAAUAUUUUGUAAAAGACGUGAUUGCAAAGACAACAGAGUAGGAAGACGGAAAGGGAGUGAGACGAAGUAGGUAAGGAAAGGAACGAUGUAAUUUAAAAAUUACAAGCAGAUCGCGGUCGAGAUACGACUUCCGUCGCGACAACCGGUAUCAAUCUUUGAAGAAAUUGAAAUGAAAAUUCACCUUUAUUGGUAGCCACGGAAGAGUUGAAUUAAAAUUGGGCUUCCGCUGAUCAGUGAUGGAGAACAGGAUAGAAAAUCGAGACAUAAAACUGGAAAUUAACAGAGAAUAUUGAAUACUGAUGUGAUACUGAAUAAAUAGCUAACAGAGAGUAUCGAAGAAUCGGAGAGAGAAAGCGCCUUCAGGGUUUGCACCCUUUUUUACAUCUAAAAUCAAUGUUCCAUUGAGAACGAGAUUUUCCAAUAAAAGUCGAAUUUCGGGAAGAGGUGGGGGAGUUUUGCGCAAAGUCCGCGAUUUUUGAGCAACGUUCUGUCGAUCUGUCGAGAGUAGUCGGAAAGUUUCAAGAAUGGAGGAAGCUUUGUUGUGGGUAAUAAUUUUUACAGCCAACAGUUGAUCAACGGUCGUGAGUGAUUUUUGAGAUGGGCGGUUUUUUCUUCUUUGGACCGCUCUUCCACGGAAAAGCCUUUUGCUGUUGAUGUUCCCCUCUAUGCGAUCGUCUUAUCCGGGGGUUCCCAGUCAGUUCUGAGAAAGGAACGAUCGCUCUUAUCUGACAGUUUUUCCCCUUUUUCUCAUGUUUAUUCGUUAUAAACAGAUAGUUUUAAGAGUACAUACAAGAGCCUAGAUCUCUAUCUCUAUAGCGCUUGCCGCCAAACACGAAAAGCUUCCUUUUCUUUCUCUUAUGGAUGGUUCCAAGGACAAAAAAGAUAAUUUCUUGCAUCUUUCACGUCAUAAUUCGACAUGACUGACAAUGAGAUGAAGAACUGGCUGAUGGCUUAGCAAUGAAAAAGUGUAAAUUCUUGAAAAACGAUAUGCUUAAGAUAAGAUUUAUCAGAGAUACAACGGUUUAUUUGAGUUUGACGUAUUGUAGCGGGGAAAGGGGAGAUUGCAUUGCGGGAGGUACUUACGUACAAGAAACGAUGAGAGAGGUGGCUCGCUGGAUUCAUAUAUAGUCAGAAAGAAAUCAUUUACUUCGUUCAAAGUGAAAAGCAACGCAGUAAUUUUCAAUCUUAUCCGUUAUAAUUGUUCCGCGAGCCUGUUUCACAAUCUUGAGGUAAAGACUGAAAAGUGCGUGUGCUUAUUCCGUGUGUAAUGUACUUAUUAGUCGUGACUAAUUUUGACCGGAACGAGAUUAUUUCAAACAGGAGCGUGCGGAUACAGUUACAGAAUAUUUUCUUCCUGAUGUAUUUUGUGACCACGAAAUUAAUAAUUGUGAUUUCAUAAAUUCGCCAAACAUAGUCUGACCAAAUUGAUCAGUAGUGCAGCCUAAUAAUGUUGCCGUUUGAAAUUUGUUUUAUCUGAUUCAUGCUCGCAGUUGCAUACGCGAACCAACAAUACGUUAAAAAUAUCGUCAUAUUGAAGACAACUGUUUAUAUAACAAUCAAAUCAUGUAGCCACAUUUACGAAUCUAUAAAAAUCUAUAAAAAUAGAAGCAGCAUACUAAAUUACGCAAGCUUCGUUACGAAAGAUUAAGCACGAAAAAUCCGAGCAUUAAUAAAAGCAUGCGCGCUGUUGAUUGUUGGAUCAGUUUAUUAUCAGGAACGCGUGAGCAAUGUUUAUAUGACUAUACAAGGUGUCCCGGAACCAUUGAAAUCCAUUGAUAGCCAAGGACAUAUUCUAUAAAACAUUCCAAGACAAAACUUCUAAUACGAAAAUGUCAAGGCUAUAAUAGUUUUACUAGUAAACCUCUUUAUUGUUGACUAAAACCAGCAUAAACCAAAUGAUGAACCACAACAUUUCAUAAAGUUUACUUCUUAUCAAGUGGAAAUCAUAUGAUAUGAUUGUCAAAAAAUCAUCCUCUAAAAGUCAAAAUAAAAUUAAAAUGAAGUUAUUGUUUGAUAAGAUGCAUAGAUCCUAUACGUAAUUAUUAAACACUCACUGGCAGAAGAUGACUGAAUGUCUUAGAUAGUCAAAGACUUACAAAGAUACAUCUGUAGAGCACCACAGCAACCAAACAACUGCCAGCAAGGAAAUCAUGUGUUUUUCGAAAUUUAGGGUAGUGUUUACGCGGAGCCCCACUAUGAAACCUAGACGUCGAAACGACGAAAGUGAGUCCUAAAAUGUAUAAAAUAUCUUGUUUAAAAUCUUAUUGGUCAAAGUCGAUUCCCAUAAACCGAUUUUCGAAGCCGGAAAAGUAAUCGUGAAAAGUGAAACGGAGAAUAAGAGUAAGCAUAAGAGCGCGAGAAAAUAUUGUAGAAGCAGUGUAAAGAAGUGCGAAAUUAACCAAGACGCAACGUAGCGCAAAGGAAUGAUAUGAUUUCCUGAUAGGAAAGGUUGCAGUCAGCAUCAGUCAUAAACGAUCUCUAGACUUAAGAUCCAUCAUCACGUAAUAGUGCGGCAAAUCUGAUUCACGGUCCAUCGAAAAAAUGGCAAAUCUUCAAUGUUAUCUGGGCAUCGUACUGCUAUUUUAUUCCGGUUUAUUUACGACACCAGGAGUUUGUCGUGAAGUUAUCGUGACUCGUAACAGUAUUUAUCCAAAGCUACGAUUAGUCAGCGCGGUAUUUCGACAUGGUGAUCGUACAUUAGAGAAACAAAUCGAAUAUUAUCCAGAUGAUCCGCACAAACAUUAUGAUACCUAUCCAGUGGGCGAUGGUCAAUUAACUAAUGCUGGCAAAGACAGAGCAUAUAAAUUCGGGCAAGUACUCAAAGAAAUGUACAAGAGUUUUCUUGGGGAUGUGUAUUAUCAACCAAAUAUCUAUGCACAAAGUUCCGCAGUUGUUAGAUGCAAAAUGACUUUACAAUUAGUUCUCGCGGCACUUUACCCACCUAAUGACGUUCAAAAGUGGAAUCCGCAUCUAUCUUGGCAGCCAGCAGAUUUUAAAUAUACCCCUGCAGACAAAGAUGAUAUACUGUUUUCAGUAUUGUGCCCCGCAUACAUCGAAGCUGUUAACAAUCUGUCUGAUGAUCCAACAGUGAAAAUGAAAGUAAACGAAUAUAGUGAUUUAAUGAAAGAGAUGUCGCAGCGUACAGGAAAGAAUAUGACCACCAUAAGUAAUCUCUUUAUUCUGUAUCAUACAUUGAUAACGCAAGUGUCUUUAAAUCUUGAUUUACCUGACUGGGCGUACGAUGCACUUCGAGAUGGCAAGCUUUUGAAAGCAGCUCUUCUGCAGUAUGACUUAUUUAAUUAUAACGACCAGUUGAUCCAGUAUGGUGGAUUAUUAUACAAUAUAAUCAACGACAUGAAUAAUAAAAUCCACGGAACCUUAAAAGAUCGAAGAAUCAAUCUCUUUUCCGCGCACGACAUACAUGUAGCCGCAAUGCUUAAAGCUCUAAAAAUAUUUGACAAUAAUAUCCCGCAGUUUACGAGCAGCGUUAUUAUAGAAUUACGUGAAAAUGACGGCGACUACUUUGUUAGAGUGUUGCAUUAUUUAGGUAUCCCAUCCAAAGUAAUAGAAGUCAUCAUACCUGGCUGCGAAACACUAUGCUCGUAUGAUAAAUUUGUUACAUUAAUAUCGACGUCGAUCAGGACGGAUAAUGAUCCAACAUGUCUGCUAACGAGAAGCUUACCAAAAGAAUUAGAAGAAAUUCUCUCGUAGAAUCUUUUAUCAAAUUCGUCAUGAAAUAGUUUCUUUAAGGAAAGGUUGACGAAAUAUGAUUCAUCCAGCAGAGGGAAGGGGCAGAAUGAUGCACAUCCCAUUUUACAAUCUUUUUCAUUGCACGCUGCGUAAGAUGACAUCGGAACUGCCAUCUCCAAUCAAACGCAGGGGAGAGUUUUAUUAGAUCCUCCUCAUUAUAUCUAGUAUCGCUACCGUUGAAAACUAGAUGCCCACACGAUCGCGGAAAGUUAAGUUCGUUAAGUAUGCCCGGAGCCGUGUCUUAUCGAAGACACGGAGCUCAGAUCCUCCGCCUACCGUGCCGUGGCAUAACAAUUACCCUAUUAUUUCGCACACACUGCCACGGCAAUUCAUUGGGCCUAUACGCCGCACAUUUCCGUUCCACGAUAUACUUCCAACUUCCAUUAAGGGUAAAUCUUUUCGACCGUAGUAUAAGCGGAUAUCAGCACUCAAGUUUAAUUUGUCGUUUUACGUAAUUAUUCCCCAUGCUGCUGGUGUCGCGAUCAAUGAUUGUGUUAUUUAAUUAUGUAUAUAUAGAUAUAACGAUCAAAGUAUUUCUUAUACAAGGAGAUGUGUAAAGUAUGCUUAGUCUAUAGAUGUAUAAAGCAGUUUCAGCACUAAGUAUAGAAUUUGAUUAAAAAUGAUUUUUCUUGAUAGAUGUAUGUCAUAAUACGGUGUAUACAUUUAUGCGUGUAUAUACAUAAUUAUAUAUAAAAUAUGUGAAACAAAA